CAAGAACACCAUCCGCACCAACGCUCUCUCUCCACAUUCCUCUCCCUUUUGUGAGGCAUAACACAUGAUGCUUCAGCAGCGGUCGUCGAGGCUGCUUUCCUCAUUCUCCAAUUGUGCCUUCCGUUCAGCUGCAGCACCGCUCAGCGCAUCAUUGCGAUGUCGGACUCCGAGAGCGUACAGCAUUCAUGCUGAUGCCUCUGUUGGCACCAAGAUCCAAGACAUUGACCCAACGAAGCUUACAAUCACCAAUACAACCACUCCUAAGGAUCUGUUACCCCAAGGGGAGCUUAUCUUUGGCCGCAAUUUCUCAGAUCAUAUGCUCUCGCUCGAAUGGACAGCAUCAGAAGGAUGGCUGCCAGCGCGCAUUACCCCCUACCAGAAUCUCAGUCUCGACCCUGCGACCUGCGUCUUCCACUAUGCAUUCGAGUGCUUCGAGGGCAUGAAGGCCUACAAGGACAAGAGCGGCAACAUCAGGUUAUUUAGGCCGGACAAGAAUAUGGCACGUCUGAACAAGUCAUCAGCACGAAUUGCAUUGCCUACGUUCGACCCCGAUGCUAUGAUCGAUCUCAUUGGCAAAUUUGUCAAGCAGGACGAGCGCUUCAUUCCCGAUGCACGCGGGUACUCUCUCUAUCUUCGCCCGACUAUGAUCGGUACCCAGCGCACGCUCGGCGUGGGCCCUCCCGCUUCUGCCCUACUCUACGUGAUCGCCUCGCCUGUCGGGCCAUACUACCCCACUGGAUUCAAGGCUGUGUCAUUGGAAGCCACGGACUAUGCCGUGAGGGCAUGGCCAGGAGGCGUGGGAGACAAGAAGCUUGGGGCCAACUAUGCGCCCUGCAUCGUGCCACAGAUGCAGGCUGCCAGCCGUGGGUUCCACCAGAACCUAUGGUUGUUUGGUGAGCAGGAAUAUAUCACCGAGGCUGGCACUAUGAACCUCUUUGCAGCGAUCAAGAACAAGGAGACUGGACAACCGGAGUUGCUCACUGCACCCCUGGAUGGAACCAUUCUCGAGGGUGUUACGCGAGACUCUAUCCUUGCGCUUGCGCGGGAGCGAUUGGAGCCUAAGGGAUGGAAGGUGCUUGAGCAAAAGUUCACGAUGAAGAACCUCGCCGACGCUGCUGAUGAGGGCCGCAUGAUGGAGAUCUUCGGCGCAGGCACAGCUGCCAUUGUCAGCCCUGUGCGAAAGAUCAGCUGGAAAGGACGCCUUGUCGACUGUGGUCUGGAGGACCAUGUCGAAGCCGGCCCAAUUGCGCUGCAAAUGAAGGAGUGGAUGGAGGCUAUUCAGUAUGGCGACGAGGACCACCCAUGGAGUUACAAGGUGUUAUAGUUGACAACACAGUCAAUGUUUGCAAUCCUGUCUUACAGCACAACUCUCAGAUAUAGACUUGAUAAAGGUUCGAAAAAUGUAGGCUCUAGAGCUAUGUAGAUAUGAUACUUGGAGUCAAGCAUGGGCGGCGUCUUUCUAGGCUCCACAGAUCUCUUGAGACAAUAGUAGCAAAGCACGUAGUUUGAAUGCGUGUCUAUAUUCUAGACAAUAAAGUUUCACCACAUCGAUC